UCCACUCGUUCGUCUUCCCUCUUUCUCCCCUCCCACGACCCCCGACAGCGAGGCAGAAGCAACCCGAGCCCCAGCCCACCAUUCCCUCCCAGUCCCAGCCCCAAACCUCCUUCGCCUUCACCCAGCCCCCCAGCCACCGAUCCCCAAUCCGCGCGCCCACCCUCCCCUCCACGCGCGCGGGCGGCCAUGGGAUGAGCCGCGGCGGCGGGGGAGCCCGGAUCCGGACCUAGGGUUUUCGGCUGCCACGCGCGCGCGCAGCCAUGGAGUGGGACAGCGAGUCCGACGGCGGCGGCAGCGCCGGGAGCGGGGACGAGAUGGAGGAGGAGGAGGAGGAGGGGGGAGAGGUGGUGCUUGGCGGGGGGAGCGGGAGCGGGAGCGAGGGCGGGGGAUUUGGAGGGAUAGGCGGCGACGGGGUCGGCGGGAUGUUCACGUUCGCCAUCGAGGGGAUGCUCCGCGGGGCGGGGCCGUACGGGCUGGUCGUCACGGACGCGCUCGAGCCCGACUGCCCCAUCAUCUACGUCAACCGCGGCUUCGAGGAGGCCACCGGGUACCGCGCCGAGGAGGUGCUCGGCAGGAACUGCCGGUUUCUGCAAUGCAGAGGCCCAUUUGCUCAGAGAAGGCACCCCUUGGUUGAUGAUGCAGUAGUUUCUGGGAUUCAGAGAUGCGUAGACAACGGUACUCAGUUCCGUGGUGAUUUGUUGAAUUUCAGAAAAGACGGAUUUCCAUUGAUGAAUAGGCUGCAUCUGACUCCUAUAUAUGGAGAUGAUGAUAUCAUCACCCAUUAUAUGGGCAUUCAGUUCUUCACCAAUGCUAAUGUUGAUUUGGGACCAGUACCUGGCUCAGUUACAAGGGAACCUGUGAGAUCUACACGGUUUGCUCCGGAUAACUUUUUCCGGCCCAUAACCACCGGACUAGAGCAGGACAACUUCUGCCGGGAGUAUUCCAGUCUCUUCCAGCUAACUGAUGAAGUACUUUGCCAGAGUAUUUUGUCAAGGUUGUCUCCAAGAGAUGUCGCAUCUGUGAGCUCUGUAUGUCGACGGUUGUAUGACUUAACAAAAAAUGAAGAUCUUUGGAGAAUGGUUUGCCGUAAUGCAUGGGGUAGUGAGACUACUCGAGCUCUUGAGACUGUGCCUGCUGCGAAAAGAUUGGGCUGGGGUCGGCUGGCCAGAGAACUAACCACCCUGGAAGCUGUUGCAUGGAGGAAAUUGACAGUUGGAGGUGCAGUGGAGCCAUCUCGAUGCAACUUCAGUGCUUGUGCUGUAGGGAAUCGUGUCGUUCUCUUUGGCGGGGAAGGUGUUAACAUGCAACCGAUGAAUGACACGUUUGUGUUGGAUUUGAAUGCUAGCAAUCCGGAGUGGAGACAUGUCAAUGUAAGCUCAGCUCCUCCGGGCCGCUGGGGCCAUACACUAUCUUGCCUAAAUGGAUCUUGGUUAGUUGUGUUCGGGGGUUGUGGAAGGCAGGGCCUUCUUAAUGAUGUAUUCAUGUUGGAUUUGGAUGCGAAACACCCAACUUGGCGGGAGAUCCCUGGUGUUGCACCGCCGGUUCCGCGUUCAUGGCACAGCUCCUGCACUUUGGAUGGGAAUAAGUUGGUGGUUUCUGGUGGCUGUGCAGACUCGGGUGUACUACUCAGUGAUACGUUUCUUCUUGAUGUGAGCAUGGACAGACCUGUAUGGAGGGAAGUACCUGCAUCUUGGACACCACCUUCUAGAUUGGGCCACUCAAUGUCUGUGUAUGAUGGUAGGAAAAUUCUGAUGUUUGGCGGUCUUGCUAAGAGUGGUCCUCUCCGACUACGAUCCAGUGAUGUGUUCACAAUGGACUUAAGCGAAGAAGAGCCCUGCUGGCGGUGCCUCACUGGGAGUGGAAUGCCUGGGGCGGGAAAUCCGGCUGGAGCUGGUCCACCUCCUCGUCUUGAUCACGUUGCUGUGAGUUUGCCAGGGGGAAGAGUGUUAAUAUUUGGUGGAUCAGUGGCAGGCCUCCACUCGGCGUCACAGCUGUAUCUCUUGGAUCCGACUGAAGAGAAACCUACGUGGAGGAUACUUAAUGUUCCCGGGCGACCUCCGCGGUUUGCGUGGGGCCACAGUACCUGUGUCGUUGGAGGUACAAAAGCGAUAGUGCUUGGAGGACAAACUGGAGAAGAGUGGAUGCUCACCGAAGUACAUGAGCUCUCUCUGGCUAGUAGUAACUCUGUUUGAAGUCUAUAUAAAGGUCUUUCAACCAAGCUUCCAUGAAAACAAAUGAGACCUUUCAAGUGGCGUUAAGCUUGAUUGUCUUCACCACCGGGCGGGGGCACUGAAUGUUUGGCGCCAUGAAUGGAUGUAUUUGCUCGGAAGUGAGAUAUGGUUGGGUCUCAAGUAAAGAUUAAACCUCUUAAACCGGGGUUGCUCGCUUUAUGUAGCUAAUGGGUAGUGAUAUGUUUUUUUCUCUCUUGUUGCUGUUUGUUUGGUCUUUUACCAGAUAAGUAUAAUUCAUAAGCUACUCUCAUGGAAUGAGUAUCAGUUUUAUGUAUUCUCAGACUAUUCUGACAUCCAUUCUGUUAGGAUAAAAAAGGACUACUCUGUACAGAUGAGCCCUCUCUUGUAUUCUGUGAAACUGUGAUAGUUAUGAGAUGUAUGGAUGGUCUUGGAUCAAUCCUCUUUUUUUGUUAA